CCUAUGGGUGUAGCAGCGUACCAAGCGACACAAUUUUCUCCAAUUCACUGUGUCUUUGAGUAUAUUUAGGUGGCGCGCCAGUAUAAUAAGUGAAGCUCACCUUUAAAGGGGCUGUCGUCGUCAGGGAUUAGAGUUACGCUCUGUCCUCACUAUCCCUUUAAGAGGCUUUUACCACUGAAUCGACUGGAGACUCGAAAGAGUUGUGGAGUUCCUCCAAGCCUCCACUUUUGUUUCCGCUUCAUUUCGUACCUCUUCCAUAUUUUCUCCUGCACUUUAGUUUCUUUUUCGUUAGUUUGUUUACGGCAGACUUGGGGAGACUGCACUGACUAUCAUGGCUGAGACAGGGAAAGGGGUGAACGCCGGGAAACUGGCUAGUAAUGUACAGAAGAGGAUAACUCGAGCACAAGAGAAGAUGAUGCAGAAGUUGGGGAAAGCUGAUGAGACCAAAGAUACAGCAUUUGAGGAAAGUGUGGCUAACUUCAACAAGCAGAUGACUGAAGGCACAAAACUGCAAAGAGAUCUGAGGGCAUAUCUGGCAGCAGUAAAAACAAUGCACGAAAGCUCCAAGCGUCUGCAGGACUGUCUAGCAGACAUGUAUGAGCCAGACUGGUUUGGGAAGGAGGAGAUGGAUGCCCUCGCAGAGGACACAGAUGUUAUAUGGGACGAUUUCUAUCAGAAGCUUGUGGACAGUGCUCUCAUCUCCAUGGAUACCUACAUGGCUCAGUUUCCUGAAAUUAAGGCUCGUAUUGCGAAGCGCGAGAGAAAGCUGGUGGACUUUGACAGUGCCAGACAUCAUUUUGCCUCCAUACAGAAAAGCAAGAAGAAGGAUGAGGCCAAAAUCGCCAAGCCCCUGGCUCUGAUGGAGAAAGCGGCUCCAGGUUGGGCUCAGGGAAUAAUCACAGCACAUCAAAUUGCUCAAACUAACCUCAGCAGAAGCCAGGCAGAGGAAGAGCUGGGGAAAGCACAAAAGGUGUUUGAAGAGAUCAGUUAUGAUCUCCAAGAGGAGCUUCCAACUCUGUGGAACAGUCGUGUUGGUUUCUAUGUGACCACCUUUCAGAAUGUAGCGGGACUGGAAGAGAAGUUCCACAGAGAGAUGGGCAAACUGAACCAGAAUCUUUUUGAUAUUAUGACCAAACUGGAGGAACAGCGACAGGCCAAAAAACCUGUCAAGACUACCGGGAAGAGUGAAGCAGCCGCCAACCACAAUGCCACAGCAGCAUCUGAGUCAGACACAACUACACCAGCAUCUAAGUUGAGACUGGGGCCUCCAGUCCCACGGCCCCCCAGGCCUUCUCCAGCUAAAGAUGCGAAAACGGACAUCAUUAACCUGUUUGAGGACGCAGUGGUACCAGAUAUUAACGUUACCACACCAUCACAGACUGAUACAUCUGCUACUACCCCACCAAAUGAUGCUACAACUGUGACCAAUGGUUCGUCAGAUGCUGAGGUUCCUUCAGGUGUUGCCUAUAAGGUGAAAGCAAUGCAUGAUUAUGCAGCCACGGACAGUGAUGAACUAGACCUCAAAGCAGGUGACAUUGUGCUUGUACUCCCAUUUGACAACCCUGAUGAACAGGACGAAGGCUGGUUGCUUGGUGUGAAGGAGUCACACUGGCUCGUGAAUAAGGACCUUACUGCUAAAGGAGUAUUCCCUGAAAACUUCACCCAGAGAUUGUGAGCAGGAUGUCCAUAUUACUUCUUAACUCCACUGAGAUUUUUAACCACUCUUUUUCUUUGACGCAUUUUCUCCCAUUUUAUUCUUCUCUGAUAUGUUCUCUUGUGAUCUUUGAAGAACAGGGCUUGUCUAAAAAAAAAUCUAGAUUUCAUUACAAAUGCAGUUUUCCCUGCACUGUAGUAUAUCGCGUGGGGGUUGAGUGUACCCCAUUCUUCAGUUAUCUCAGUAUGACAUCGGGACAGCUCAGUGCAACACUAUUGUUGCUGGAACAAUAAAAGUGAAGUGUGGUGGGUACUUUUAAACCUUUUUUAUACGUAUUAAUUAUCUUGCGUGUGCUUGGUUUUAAAGUUGUGGAUUUUAGUGAGAUGAAUACACACAGUGCCAGUAAGAUUCUUAUUACUGAGGAAAUAUGACACGUAUCACUGCCGAAAUUAUUCUGUAGUCAGUUAAUUUAUGACUUGGUCGGAACUUGGAAACCUUUUUUUGACUAGUUCUUAUUUGUGCAGCUUGCUUAUAACAAAGAUCCUUCAUCUCUCCCACCUUUCACUUUCUAGACUUUGUCCUGUGAGAAAGGACAAAUGAAUGUUCACAAACUUAAUCCUCCAGCAGUGGAGCUGGAGUAUUCCUGCAUGUGGAAAACAACCUCAGAGAUUGAGACAUACAAUUACAUACUUUAUAUACAUACAUACUUGCAUCUUUUAGGUUUUUAGUAUGUUUGUGUUUUUUAGUUCUUUUUGUGGUCCUCGAUUAUUAAAAGAAUUUGACAUGAAGAUCAAAGAACAAAGAAACAGCCUAUCUUGGACAAAACCAGUAUGUUUGGUUACACUGUAUGAACAACUGGUUGUUUAAAACACCUACUGCAGUUCUUUUAAAUAUUUUGUCAUUGCAUGAUAAUUUUAUAUUUCUUUGUUGAAUUGUGCAUAUAAUGCCUCAAACCUCUCUUGGAAAUUCUGGAAUAGACUGGACAAAGAUGCCAUCUCUCAAAUGAAUCUAAUCCAUAUAAUCUGCUAAUCUUUCAUUUCUGAUCUCUUCACCUCAGGAGAUAUAUGCCAGUGAUGGCACUUAGGGUCACUGUUUGGCUCCUUGUCUCUUUGUGUGGUAAUGCUCCUUCAGUAUUGUUUAAUAAUUUUAUCCAUCAAGCACAAAAAGUCUGAAGCUAUUAGUAAAUUGGCUGCUGACAUGUUGUGAAAUCAGGAAACCUUUGCUAGGGCUGAUCCUAAUGUUCACCUGUACUGUGACCUAUAACAUCCUUUAUUGCUGUUUUCUAUCUCAUCUUCUACAAUCAACAACAGUAAAGGCAUUUCUCUUUCUCUGUCCCACUGUCUUCUUCUCUUAAAUAUGUUUACAGAGCUGCGAUUAUCGCACCUGCUAAGUCUCAAAGCAUUAUAUUUUUAUAUCUGUUUUGAUACUGGUUUAAUCUGGCCUAGAUCAGGAAAGAGCCAGACCCAAAUGAAGGACUGUUUCUUUAAAUAAAUUGAACUAAAUGAGAAAACUGUUUAAAGCUGUGGGCAGUAGAUGUAUCUUAAUUGGUAAAAAUGCAAUGUCACAUUAGAAUCAAUACAAAUAAACAUUAAUACGGUAAUAUCAAGAACAUCUUCUUCUUUCAAAAAUAUUAUUGAUCCCUUUUGAGAUGAUUAGAAGAACAUUGAUCUGGUUCCUGGAUGCACCAGAGCCGUUGGAUGUGCUCAAUUUAGCUGAACCAAAUAUUGGAUGGUAAAUACUGGGCUGCUUUGAGGAGCGGUCUGAAAAUGGUUAAGCCAAGACAUUGAGACAAGUAACACACAAAAUAACUGUUUAUGGUAUUAAAUGUUUAUUUGUAUUGACUGUAAUGUUUUACGAGCAAAUCCAUGCUUGCUGCCAGAUAAAUAGCUUUAAAUUUAAUUUACAAAUUUGCAGCACUAAUGAUGUUUAAUUUGAAUGCUUUUGACUCUGAAUGUGUAAUUUUGAAAGGGAAGUUGAAAGAACCAAUGUGUUCUUCUCCACAAUCGAUAAAUAGUGAUAAUUAUGCUUCUACACAGUAUGCCACCGUGCUAAAAAUGACUAUGGAAUGCCUGUUAACAUAAGAAAAGGAAAAACUGUUGUUUUUAGCCUUACACUUUAAGCUUUAUCACACCAGUUAUAAUGGCUCAUUUGAAACGUCCUGCAUGAUGGAACUGUUCUCUAGGAAGAUACAUUAGCUGCAGGUCAGAAGUCCUUGUUGGUUAUGAAAUUUUAAGUUAAGUUGAAUCUUUAUACAAGCAUCACUUCAUUAGCUACAGUUAUAUGCAAAAGUGAAGACACGUUUCAUCAUGUUUUGUUGAUUUUCUAAGUGAAAAUAAGUAUACUUCCCCUGCAAUUACUGUUUAUUAGCUUAAUUUAAUAUAUUGGGGGGAAAAGUAAAACAUAAAAUGUGGCCUGUGCAAAUGUCAUGGCACAUUUAGGUCUGGCACAUUUUGUAUUUUAUGUGGUUUCUUUUUGAGUAUGUUAACCUCAUCAAAUACAAGUAAAUAAAUGUUAAAAAUAUUAGAGGAUGUGUUAUUUUCACAUAGAAAAUCAACAAAACAUAUAACUUGAGAUUUCAAACCUUUGCAUACAUGAGCACAAUUUUGAUUUGAUGAAAAUUGUGAGGCAGCUUGGGUUGACCUGUCCAAACAUGCUGUGACUCUGUAAAUGCACUCUGUCUCUGUCUCACAAACCGUGAGAAGUAUUUCAAUAUUAAAUGUUGAUUCAACACAUUGUAUCCAGCUGU